AUGAGCAGGAGGUGGAUACAGAACCCGAAUAGGUGCGCAGACGAAUACUUGGAUGGAAUCGAGGAUUUUAUUGACUUUGCACGGACACACAACCCGGGUGCAACUAGAAUUCGGUGUCCUUGUAGGAGCUGUAACAACACUUUGUGGGACACAAUUGAAAAUGUUCGAUUUCAUUUAGUGAGGAAUGGAAUGAUUGAGACAUACAUCGCUUGGAACCAUCACGGGGAACAGUUAGACAUUGCUUCGUCUUCAGGGGCCACAAGAGUAGACAAUGUUGAACCCAUUGUGGAUCCUAAUGAACAAGUAAGGGAUAUUAUAAAUGAUGCAUUUUCAUUUGCAUCGACCAGCAGCAUUCAGCAAGGUGAAGAUGAUGUGCCUACACAAAUGGACAGUGCAGAGUUCGAACAGUAUGAAAAUCUGCUAAAAAAUGCCAACCAAGAGUUAUACCCGGGGUGCGAGAGCUUUUCCGUUCUGACGGCGAUUGUGGAGCUAAUGCACGGAAAAAUAAAGUAUCGUAUGUCGAACUUGUGUUUCGAUUACUUUUUGGGGGUUUUCAAGAAAAUGCUUCCAACGGACAAUUGUUUGCCGAAAGACCACAGACAGGCGCAGAAGAUGUUGAGUGGUCUUGGAUUGGGUUAUGAAAAAAUCCACGCUUGCAAAAAUAAUUGCAUGUUAUUCUACAAAGAGUAUGAAACAUUGGAUACAUGUCCUAUAUGCAAUGAGUCAUGGUUCAAACAGACGUCUCAUAAUAGAAUGACUAAGGUUCCACAAAAAGUCAUGCGUUAUUUGCCCCUGAAAACAAGAUUACAGCGACUUUAUAUGUCGACGCAUACUGCCACAGACAUGAGAUGGCAUAAGGAAAAACGGGUAGACGACGAUGUGAUGCGGCAUCCUGCAGAUGGGGAGGCAUGGAAAGAUUUCGAUCGAAUGUUCCCCGAGUUUGCUGCUGAUCCCCGAAAUGUGAGGUUGGGACUUGCGACUGACGGUUUCAAUCCGUACGGGGUUCUAAACCAACACCACAUCACUUGGCCGAUUUUCGUAUUCCCAUAUAAUUUUCCGCCUUGGAAGUGCAUGAAAAAAGAGUACAUGAUGAUGACUGUUUUGAUAACUGAGGAUCCUGGUAGGUCAAUCGAUGUGUACUUAAGGCCGUUGGUUGAUGAGCUGAAGGAUUUGUGGACAAACGGUGUGCGCACGUACGAUAAAUCCACUGGGAAUCACUUUGCGGGCGGCAGUUAUGUGGACUGUGAAUGA